UCAAAGCACCAGAUUGCUACUGGCUCUGAUAAACUGCCAUCAGUUUCUUGAACUUCAUUCACUGAAGCUUAAUCCUUCUUAUGGAGUACUGUGGAAGCAAUCUCCAUUGUUUGAAAUGGUGCAAACUGGGGCUGUUUGUUAUGUCAUUUCUUCUACUUAAUCCUUCUUUGGCCUCAGCAGCAGUUGGAGGAAAUGACACAGAUAGGCUUGAAUUGCUUUCUUUCAAGUCUUGGAUAACUCUUGACCCAUUUCGCCUCUUCACCUCCUGGAAUGAAUCUGUUCAUUUCUGCAACUGGGAAGGGGUUAAAUGUAGUUUACAACAGAGGGUCACUGAGUUGAAUCUUCCCUCUUAUCAAUUUGUUGGUCAAUUGUCACCUUCUAUAGGGAACUUGAGCUUCCUUAUGGUAUUAAACCUCCAUAACAAUAGCUUUGGGGGGGAAAUUCCACAAGAUAUUGGCAGAUUGAGCAGGCUGCAAAUAUUGGACUUGGGAAACAACAAAUUUGUAGGGGAGAUUCCCUUCACCAUGUCAAACUGCUCAGAGCUCCAAUACAUUGGCCUUCUUAGCAACAAUCUGACUGGCGAAUUGCCGAGCAAACUCGGGCGGUUAUCCAAGCUUCAAGUACUUGAUUUGACUUCCAACCAACUGUUUGGAGAAUUGCCUGAAACACUUGGAAAUCUGUCAUCUCUCAGGGGCUUUUGGGCAAGUCUGAAUAAUUUCCAUGGAAGCAUUCCAAGUAGUUUUGGGCAGUUGAAAAAUUUGACAGAUCUUUCCAUUGGGGCAAACAAACUGACAGGUACUAUCCCUUCCUCAAUCUACAACCUUUCGUCCAUAAGAAUCUUAUCACUUCCAGUAAACCAGCUUGAGGGUCGCCUUCCCACAGAUUUAGGCCUCGUAUUCCCAAACCUUCAGGUCCUUAGAAUCCACACCAAUCAAUUCAGUGGACCAAUUCCUUCUACACUAUCCAAUGCCUCAGAACUUGUGAUGUUUUCCAUCGCAAAUAACAUGUUUACAGGGAACGUUCCGAGCUUGGCAAGCAUGAGGCAUCUCGAGAAUCUUGGACUCUUUGAGAACAAUCUUGGAUAUAGGGAUGUUGAUGACUUGAAUUUUCUGUCUUCUCUAGUUAACUGCACCAAUUUGAGUGCUAUAUCCAUCAGUGACAACAAUUUUGGUGGACUGCUUCCAGAAUAUAUAAGCAACUUCUCUACGAAGCUCAGGACUAUUGGAUUCGGAAGGAAUUAUAUUCAUGGAACCAUUCCAACUGAAAUUGGCAAUCUCAUUCAAUUGGAGGCAUUGGGUUUGGAGAGUAACCAACUGACUGGUUCUAUACCAAGUUCACUGGGGAAACUAAAAAAACUGAAUGAUUUGUUUUUGAAUAUGAACAAACUCUCAGGGACAAUCCCCCACUCUUUUGGAAAUUUGUCUGCGCUAGGGAGAUGUAAUCUGAGGUUGAACAACUUGACAGGAGCCAUACCAUCAAGUCUUGGAGAAAACCAGAAUUUGCUGAUGCUGGCUCUUUCUCAGAACCAUCUAACUGGUACAAUACCAAAAGAGUUAUUGAGUGUUUCAUCUUUAUCCAUUGCUCUGGAUCUUUCUGAGAAUUUUUUGACUGGCUCCAUUCCCUUGGAAGUGGGGAAAUUGGUAAACCUUGGCUAUUUGCAUAUUUCAGACAACUUGUUAACUGGGGCUAUUCCAUCUACUCUCAGUGGUUGCACAAACUUAGAAGAUCUUAACUUGGGUGGGAACUUCCUUCAGGGCUCUAUACCUCAGUCUUUGAGUGCUUUGAGAGGUCUUGAAAAUCUCGACCUCUCUCGCAACCAUUUGUCAGGCCAAAUUCCGUCUUACUUGCAGGAGUUAAGAUUUCUGAGCUAUUUGAAUUUAUCCUUCAACAAUUUGGAAGGUGAGGUUCCCACUCAAGGAGUGUUCAAAAAUAGAACUGCUUUGUCAAUUAUUGGAAAUAAGCAACUUUGCGGCGGUAUACCUGAAUUGAAUCUACCAAGAUGCAGUUUGAAUAAUCCCACAAAGGAGAAAUUAUCCAUGACAUGGAAGGUAAUCAUCUCAGUUGCUGGUGGACUGGUGGCAAGUCUUCUGGUCUUAUGUUCUCUGCUUUUUUUCUGGUCAAGGAAGAAAAGAAAUAAGCUGGAUUCAGGUCCAUUGCCAAGAGUUUCCUAUUUUGUUGUAUCUUACAAUGACCUUCUUAAAGCCACCAAUGAGUUCUCUUCCAACAAUCUAAUUGGAGUCGGCAGUUACGGGUCCGUUUAUAAAGGAACUCUCAGUCAGGAUGGAGGAGUUGUUGCAGUUAAAGUGUUCAACCUUCAACAUAGAAGAGCAUCAAAGAGUUUUCUAGCAGAAUGUGAAGCCCUUAGAAACAUUAAACACCGAAAUCUUGUCAAAAUUCUUUCUGCAUGUUUGGGUUUCGAUUUUCAAGGAAACGAUUUCAUGGCAUUGGUUUAUGAUUUCAUGGUUAAUGGGAGCUUAGAGAAGUGGCUACAUCCAGUAAACCAGGAAGAGGGCCAAGGAUAUUUAAAUAUCACUAAAAGGCUUAGUAUUGCCAUUGAUGUAGCUAGUGCUUUGGAUUAUCUGCACAAUGGCAGCCCCAUGCCAAUAGCUCACUGUGACUUGAAGCCUAGCAAUGUUCUUUUGGAUGCUGACAUGACUGCUCACAUUGGAGAUUUUGGAUUGGCAAAAAUUAUGGCUCAAACUUCCUUCCGAAAAGUAUCAACCGAAACCGGGUCAAUCGGUAUUAGAGGCUCCAUUGGUUAUGCUCCUCCAGAGUACGGUAUGGGAAGCGAGGUUUCGACAUACGGCGAUGUGUACAGUUAUGGCAUCCUUUUGUUGGAGAUGUUCACUGGAAAGAGGCCAACUGAUGAUAUGUUCAAAGAUGGCUUGACCUUGAACAACUAUGUUCUUUCAGCUCUACCCGACCGAGUCGAACAAGUAGUGGAUCCAACCAUGCACCUUCAAGGACUAGAGGGAGUAGAUAACAACAAUACUAUGCUUGAGAAGAACUAUGUUCUUAUGACUUUACCCAACCUGGUAGAACGAAUAGCAGAUCCAACAACGAGUGUUCGAAAACCAGAGGGAACAGGCAAAAAUAAUGCUAUGCCUCAGGCUAAUCAAUCUCUCAGAAUUAAAGAGUGCUUGUUUUCCAUUUUCAGCAUAGGAGUGGCAUGUUCUGCCCAAGUACCUAGCCAGAGAAUGAAUAUCAGUGAUGCUGUUGCCCAACUACGCCUUGCAAGAGAAAUUUUUUCAUAGGGAUUGGAUGUAUGAGCACAAUGCCUUGGCAAAAACUUAGCAAGCUGUCAAGCCUCACUGAUCACUAAAACCGAGUCGUGAGGUUGCAUUUUGUUCAUGUUUUUUAGUAGAUUUUCGUUGUCUCGCUCGAGAAAUACUAUACAUUUGUAUCCAUUUUGCAAGGAAGAUUCAAAGUAUGCAAAAAACUUAUAA